GGGGACACGUGUCGCUUUCGUACAGUCUCAAUUCACACUAUAUAACCUCCAGAGGCUUCAAAGUUCAACCACCAGAAUCCGAGAACAACCGAGAUCGUUCUGGUUCUUUCCCUCCCAUUUCUAAAUCACAAUUCGCAUAAACUUUCUCAGUGUUCAAGGUGGACCUGUAAAGAAUCUAUAGUUUUCUAAAUCUGAGGAGAGUUCACACAAUAUGCAGAGGGAAAGAGAAGGUUCAGACGAUUUUUUCGGGGGGUCUGGUUUUCAAAGAAGUAUGUUCCCUAGUCUUUUUGGCGGGAGGAGUCCAUUUGAUGUUCCCUUUUUUUCUCGCCCGCUUGGAAGCUUGUUUGACUCUAGUAUCUUCGGUCCUAGUGCUGCUUCUAGUGCUGCUCAGGACAGCUUCAUACAAAAGGGUAUUACUAUAGAAGAAUUAAAUUCUGACGAUGAGGAGGAACAAGAACACAAGGGCCCUGCGGACAACAAUGAAAAUGGCCGAAAGCACGGCAAGGCAAGUAGAGAGCCAUCGAUUGAGCAUCCAGAUGAUGAAGAGAGGGAAGACAAGAAUGCGAUACUUCGGAAUGAGCCUUGUAAGAUGGAAAGGCCACAGCCUCAGCGUCAUAGCUACAAUGUUCAGACUUGCAAAGUCACUUAUGGUGGUGUAGAUGGAGCAUAUUACUCCUCUACAAGAACUAGAAGGGCAGGCAGUGACGGGGUAGUCAUUGAGGAAACCAAAGAAGCAGACAAAACAACUCGUCAAGCUGCACAUAAGAUCUCAAGAGGAAUUCACGAUAAGGGUCACUCUGUCACAAGAAAGCUUAACGCUGAUGGUAAGGUGGAUACGUUGCAAACUUUACACAAUUUGAAUGAAGAUGAGCUUGCUGGAUUUGAAGAAGCAUGGAAUCAUAACGCUAAAGGUGACAUGACUGGCUGGAGAAAUAGAUUUAAUAUGCAUGCUUCUGGUAGAAGUGAACAAAAGCGAGACUCCAUGGCAGGUUGGCUCCUACCUUCUUCAGAAGGUGCGCAGAAGACCAGAGGUACGGCAUCGCAUAACGAAGCCAGAACCAAAAAAGUUGUCAGAAUCAAUAUAGAAUAAAGUUUCUUCCAUUUUAGCGAGACUACUUUUACCAUUGAGUUAAUCGAAUUGAACUUCGCUACCUACACCUACAGUUAAAGAUAUAGUAUAUGAUUUUCUUUUACGUACUGAGAUGAGAUGUAUUAAAACUGGGAAGUAUUGAAUGAAUGAUGCAUGACUGAUUCGAUUUGGGGUGUGAAAGAGCCGAAUUCCAUGGAUAUAAAAUGUGCUUUUUUUUUA